AUGGCCGAUACAUAUAUUCCAAAGACAGACCUUUCAAGGUCUGAACUAUCUAGAGACGAGCUAACACAACUAGAAGAAUUCGAAAUGAAAUAUGGACCCAUGUCUCUAAUCAGGGAAUCAAUGCUACAGAGGACACCUGUUAUAAUAUCACUAAGGAACAAUCAUAAACUCAUAGCUCGUGUGAAAUCUUUUGACAAGCACUGUAACAUGGUUCUGGAAAACGUUAAAGAAAUAUGGACAGAGAAUGUAAAUGGUAAGAAGGUUAACAGAGAGCGAUUCGUAGCGAAACUCUUUCUUAGAGGGGACUCAGUGAUUAUAGUGGUAAAGACAUGA